CUGGACGUCGGGCUCGCGGCAGUCGCCGCGGCGCGCUCCGAGCACCACCAUGCGGGACGAGGAGCCCCCCCUGCCGCCCCCCUCGCCCGGCGCCGCGCGCUCCGCGCCCUCGCGCCUCCGCCGCACUCUACACACGCUACGAACGCCGUUCCGGCCUGGUUCGCCCUUCCACAUCGGCUUGAUCAAGCGCACAGGCUCCUCCAAAUCCGUUGCCUCAGACGGUGAGAUCGGCCGCGACGAACGCACGAUGCGUAAGCGAAACAAGAAAAACCGUGACGCGGUCAGCGACGCGUCGCGUAGCACCGACAGCUCGCCCGGCGUCGACAAGAAGAAGAAGGAGGGGAGCACGUUUAUGCGCAGGAUGGGCAGUUUCGGCAAGAAGCGCGCAGGCGAGUCCCCACAACCACCCUCUGAAACUCAACCAUCUACCUCGGAAAAAUCGGAACCACCAGUAGAACACCCGCUUUCGCAACCCUCCGAGCCGGAGCAAACAACCCCCGAACCAGUGCAGCCUACCCCUGAGCCUGUGCAGCCUACCCCUGAGCCUGUGCAGUCGACUCCUGAACCUGAGCAGCCUACCCCUGAGCCAGUGCAGUCUACCCCUGAACCUGUGAAGCCUACCCCCGAACCUGAGCAGCCUAAUCCCGAACCUGUAAGUCCUAUAGCGGUAGAGCAUCCUGUUGCAAUCCGCCCUUUCAGUAAAGCCGCUUGGAAGCGCAACAGUGAGCCCGAAAUGGAGAAGCCUGUGGAGGACCCCAGCCCGGAGAGUGCACUGCGGCGGCGCAUUGCAUUCGUAGCGCAGGCGUCGGCGUGCCUGUCGGAGGAGCACGAGGACGCGCGGAUGGGGUCGUCGGUGGGCGCGUGCGGCUGGCCGUGCCGGCCGGCACUGUCGCGCGACACCGACACGGAAGAGGAGGGGUACUCGGACGCCAUGCCCGCGUACGGAGACCUCAUCGAGCCCGACGGCAGCGCCGGCAGCGACGGCGCAGCGGUGAGUGUUGCGAGCGGGCCGAGCGCGGCGCCGCCGCUCAGUGGCCGAAGGGUCUCCGAGCGAUGCGCGCGCGCCAUGACCUUCGAGGAGGCGGGUGACGACUGCUACCUCACAGUGUGCGAGUGCUGCGGCUUCAGCGCCGAGACGGCCGUGUUGUUCCCAUCCCACGCAUCCCCGAGCGCUGAGCGUCGGGAACAUCUAUACAAGAUCCUGGUGAUAGGAGAAUUGGGUACUGGGAAGACGUCCAUCAUCAAGCGAUAUGUGCACCAGUUCUUCAGCCAGCAUUACAGAGCAACCAUUGGUGUGGACUUCGCGCUGAAAGUAUUGAAUUGGGACGCGAAUACUAUCAUUCGUUUGCAGCUAUGGGAUAUUGCGGGUCAAGAGCGCUUCGGCAACAUGACCCGCGUGUACUACAAGGAGGCUGUGGGAGCGUUCAUAGUGUUCGACGUGUCCAGGGUCGCGACCUUCGAUGCUGUUGUCAAGUGGAAGAAUGACCUCGACGCUAAGGUCCAGCUGCCCGAUGGAUCGCCCAUACCUUGUAUACUGCUGGCGAAUAAGUGCGACCAACAAAAGGAAGGCAUAGUGAACUCUCAAGCCAAAAUGGAGGAGUACUGUCGCGAAAAGGGCUUCGCUGGUUGGUUCGAGACGUCCGCCAAAGAAAACAUCAACAUUGAGGAGGCGGCCAGGUCACUAGUUAAUAAGAUCCUAUUAAACGACAAACUACUCCAGAGCAACGACAACAGAGAUGGUGACAAGUUCGCGCUUGACCACAAGAUCGCUAACGGCGAGAACAGUCGGGAUGGAACCACAAAGUCAUGCUCAUGCUGACCAAUCACCGACCGCCAUUCGUAAUGGCCCAAUCACAACGCGUCACACAAACGCUCUUCUACCCAAGGACCAAUCACGUUUGAAUCCAAAUUUUAAAAUAUAUUUUUAAAUUGCACUUUUGUUUUUAAAUUAGGAAUUAUGGGAAUUCGAUUUUGGAACAAUUCAGCUUAAAUUAUUAUAAUCUCAAUUUGUAAUUUAUCUAUGAUUCGUUGCUCGAUUACUGACUCUGCCACGGACUUGUUCUUUGUAUAAUAAGAAUAAAUCUUUAAUUUUCUGUUCAAUCCUUUUAGGAUUUGUCUUCCUUCUUAGCUUUUUUACAAACUUACUAUCUAUACUGUAACAAUAAGAUAUUAUUUCUGAACUAGGCCUCCAUAUCUUUGCAGUAAAGAGGUUGAUCAAAGUGCCUAUGAUCGAAUUUAUUUUGUUUAAGUAAUGUAUUUGACUCUGAAAGCUGUAUAGGGUCACGUGCCAUUUGGCUAAAGUCAUAAAUAUAUGGAAUAUUAUGAUAGUGUACUAUACGGUUAUUGUAAUAAGUAUUAUCUACUUAUUGUAUGCGAGUGUGAAAGUUGUUACUGUAAAAUAAAAUGUUUAGUGAUGGA